CCCUAGUCUUUCUAUGAACCAACAGCAAAGACAGACCUUUCACAGCGAUACAUGGGUUUCUCUCGGAGACACCCCUACCUGAAAUCCCCUGCCAUUCUUCACGGAUUUCUCAUACUUUUGUAGGAUUCUGAGGCAGAAAGGGGGACAAAUCUUUCGUUGUAAUUUUUGUAUCCUAGGGUUUAUUUUUUCUCUCUUUGUUUUCAGCUUCUUCAUUUCUAUCUCGGACCGAUCCGACUCGGCAGUUCCCCGGUGAGUCCCUCACGUAUCCUUCGCACAGCGUUUUCCCUCUCAAUCUAAGCUUAACUGAACACCCAGUUUGACGAAGAAGUAGAUCACUCAAUACCCUUUUUUCCACUCGGCAGAUUACUAUACUAUAUACGCCUAUAUAAGCUCGUUUACGCACUGAUAUUUAUACCUUCAUAUAGAAUCGAUAUAAUUGUCGUUUAUGUGAUGCGAUUGCCGUCGACGGCCCCAGCUUCGUCUUUAAAGCGGGGGAAUACGAAUCCGUCGGGUCCUCGGCUUCGGAAGAAGCACAAGAGGCUCGAUGCGAUAUGUGAAGAGGAGUAUAAUCGAAACCAUGGUGAAUCAAAUGAGGGCGACGGCGGGGAUGACCUUGCGGAGCUUAGACGGAGCUCACGGGUGCGCCGGGCUCCUAUUUUGCUCGACGUUUCACCACCUCCGGUGAAGAAGAGAAGGAAGAUUGCGAGGAGUGUAAUGUUGGGUGGUGAGAAGAUUUCAAAGAGUUCUUCACCCUGUGAGAGUGGGGAUUUAGGGGGGGAGGAGACGCCGGGUAGUUGGAAAUCAAGGUUGAGAUCGAGGGGGAAGAUUGUAAGUGUUGGGGUUCAGGAGGAUAGGGGCUCACCCAGUGGGAAACGCAAGCUUUUAUGGGAAACGAGUGGAAUUAGGGAAGAGGAGAAGGUGGUAGUGGGUGAAUUGGAUGAGAACAAAAGGGAUUUGGAGGAUGGGAAGUCCAUGAUUGUGAAGUCAAAGAGAACAGGUAGGAUUAAAAUGACGAGAGAUUUGAGGGAAGGAGAGAUCGAGAAUGUGUUAACUGGGAUGGAGGAGAAGAAUGAGAGGGAAGAAGUGGAGGUCAUCGGGGAGAAGGAUGAGGAUGGUGACUUACUUUUGGAGUGUGAAAUGGGUGGUGAAAAUGAAAGGGAUAGGGUGGAUGUUAAUGCCCAAGAGUUAGUCGAGGAAGAGAAGAGAGGAACAGUAAACGUUUCAAGGACAGAGGAGGGUUGUGUUGGCAAUGACAAUGUGGAAACUGUGGAGCUUGGUGAUAAGCAAGUGGAACGAUCAGAGUGUGGGGAGGAAGGAGAAAAUCCAAAUGAUGUUGGAAUUUCGGCACACCAAGCUGAAGAUGGAGGGUCUCAUGAUGGGAAGGAUGUUGAUUUGGCUAAGGUUCAUGAUGGGGAGGAUGUUGUUUUGGCUAGGGUUGGUAAUAAAACUGUGGAACACGAGAACACCAUGAAGGUGGAAAAGUCCAAAUGUGCUUCAAGUGAUACACUUGGCAAGCCACGCAUUAAAGAGGGUAGACGGUGUGGUUUGUGUGGGGGAGGGACUGAUGGUAAACCACCGAAGAGGUUAAUCCAAGAUGCCGGUGACAGUGAAAAUGAGGCAUAUAGUGGCACUUCAGGUUCAGAGGAACCCAACUAUGACUUAUGGGAUGGUUUUGGCGACGAACCUGGCUGGCUUGGCCGGCUCCUGGGUCCUAUAAACGAUCGCUAUGGUAUUGCUGGGAUAUGGGUUCAUCAACACUGUGCUGUAUGGAGCCCAGAGGUUUAUUUUGCUGGUUUGGGAUGCUUGAAGAACGUAAGAGCUGCACUUUGCAGAGGAAGAGCUUUAAAGUGCACCCGCUGUGGGAGGCCAGGAGCAACUAUUGGAUGCCGUGUUGAUCGGUGUCCAAAAACAUACCACUUGCCUUGUGCGCGAGCGAAUGGUUGCAUCUUUGAUCAUCGCAAAUUUCUUAUUGCCUGCACAGAUCAUCGGCAUAUUUUUCAACCUCAAGGUAACCAAUAUCUAGCACGGAUAAAGAAACUGAAGGCUAAGAAAUUGAAGUUGGAAAUGAGGAAGCUUUCAAAUGAUUCUUGGCGAAAGGAUAUCGAAGCAGAAGAGAAAUGGUUAGAGAACUGCGGUGAGGAUGAAGAAUUUUUGAAGCGUGAGAGUAGGAGGCUUCACCGAGACUUAUUAAGGAUUGCACCUGUGUAUAUUGGAGGCUCAGAAUCAGAAAGUGGCAAUUUAUUUCAGGGUUGGGAUUCUGUUGCUGGGCUUCAAGAUGUCAUACGUUGCAUGAAGGAAGUUGUCAUAUUACCUUUGCUAUAUCCUGAGUUUUUUAAUAAUCUGGGGCUUACACCUCCUAGAGGUGUCCUUUUGCAUGGGUAUCCUGGAACAGGUAAGACUCUAGUUGUUCGGGCACUGAUAGGUGCAUGUGCUCGUGGUGAUAAACGGAUAGCAUAUUUUGCUCGCAAAGGUGCAGAUUGCUUAGGAAAAUAUGUUGGUGAUGCAGAGCGUCAGCUGAGACUCUUGUUUCAGGUAGCCGAAAGAUGUCAACCUUCUAUCAUAUUCUUUGAUGAGAUAGAUGGGUUGGCACCCUGCCGCACAAGGCAGCAAGAUCAGACACAUAGUUCAGUUGUGUCAACAUUACUUGCUUUAUUGGAUGGGUUAAAGUCUCGAGGCUCAGUCAUAGUAAUAGGUGCAACGAAUCGUCCUGAUGCUGUUGAUCCGGCAUUAAGGCGACCUGGGAGAUUUGACCGGGAGAUUUAUUUUCCACUGCCUUCAGUUCAGGACAGAGCUGCUAUCUUGUCGCUACACACUGAAAGGUGGCCAAAACCCGUUACUGGAUCCUUGCUCAAGUGGAUUGCGAAAAGAACUGCAGGCUUUGCUGGUGCUGAUCUACAGGCUCUCUGUACUCAAGCAGCCAUCAUUGCUUUGAAGAGAAAUUUCCCUUUGCAACGAAUUUUAUCUGCUGCUGCAGAGAAAGCUUCUGUUCAUAAGCGCCUUCCACUUCCUGCCUUUGCAGUGGAGGAGAGGGAUUGGCUGGAGGCCCUGUUGUCUUCUCCGCCUCCAUGCUCUCGUAGAGAAGCAGGAAUUGCUGCUAAUGAUGUAGUAUCUGCUCCUCUCCCCAGAUAUCUUAUCCCUUGUCUGCUGCAAUCAUUUUGCAGUUUGAUUGUUUCGCUUUAUCUUGAUGAACGCCUUGGGUUACCACCUCCUAUCUCUAAAGCUGCAGCAAUGAUUAAAAGUGUAAUAGUUUCUGCUUUGGAUAAGAAGAAAAUGUCUACUGAACGUUGGUGGUCCCAUCUUGAUGAUUUUCUGAAGGAAGCAGAUAUUGCGAAGGAUAUAGAGAGUAAGCUUUCAUAUUCAGGCAUUUUACUUGGAGAUGCUGACUCUGCUGGUUCUGAUGCUUUGAAUGAUGGUAGUGUUGAUAACGUUGUAAGCUUUGAACCUUCCAUUGAAUACCAUGGUGGCACCUGCACAAAUUUGUUCCGAAACAUGUCAAUUGCAUCUAGAAGCAAAGCAGGUUUUCGAAUAUUGAUUGCUGGAAGUCCCAGAUCUGGCCAGAGGCAUCUUGCAUCUUGUCUUCUCCACUGCUUUGUUGGGAAUGUCGAUAUUCAAAAGAUUGAUAUGGCUACAGUUUCACAAGAAGGACAUGGAGAUGUGGUGCAAGGGAUAACACAAUUAUUAAUGAAAUGUGCUAGUGCUGGGCCUUGUGUGGUAUUUAUGCCAAGAAUUGAUUUGUGGGCCAUGGAGAUAAAUCACCAAGUUCCUGAGGAGAGUGAUUCCUGCUCAAAGCAUCAUCAAUUUCCUGAUCUAGAUGUUCAAAAGGAAAGUGAGUCAGAUAAAAAGAAAUUCAAAUCAGCAGAGAUGACUGACCAACAAUGUGCUGGUCGAAGUGCUUCACAUGCCUGGAGCUCAUUCAUUGAACAGGCAGAAUCUCUAUGUGUAUCUACAUCUUUGAUGAUUCUGGCUACUUCAGAAGUUCCAUAUAUGGCACUUCCAGUUAAAAUAAGACAGUUCUUUAGGACUGAAUUAUCAAAUUGCAGUCAGUCAACUUCAGAGCACACAGUCCCUCGAUUUUCAGUCCAAAUUGAUGGGAAAUUCAACCGUGAUAUGGUGAUCAAUCUUUCUGUGGCAGAAUUAUCCAAGGAUAUAGUCCAACAGCUUGUUCAGUUGAUUCAUAAGAAGUCUCACAUCCAUGCCAGUUCAUGCAAGGAGUACAUAAAUUGUGAUUCCAUUGAAGGCCGCACUGAUACAAUAAAUAUCAGCUCUGAUCAUGGAUUAGCCAAUGAACGCAAGGAUAAAACAUACUAUCCUGAUGAGUCUUUUAUAAAAGUUCCACAGCCACCCAAUAAUAGAACUGUGAAGGGGAAACCAAGCUUGCUCUUUGCAACAUCUACUUUCGGCUAUCAAAUUCUGCGAUAUCCUCAUUUUGCUGAACUUUGUUGGGUCACGUCAAAGCUGAAAGAGGGUCCCUCUGCUGACGUAAUUGGGCAUUGGAAGGGCUGGCCAUUCAAUUCCUGUAUUAUUCGUCCAAAUAAUUCAUUAGAAAAGGUGGCUGUUGCUUGUAGUGCCAGCAAUAUUAGAAGCAAAGAAAAGUCUGGGUUGGUUAGAGGCCUCAUUGCUGUUGGUUUAUUGUCAUAUAGAGGUGUCUACUCAUCACCUAGAGAAGUCUCAAUUGAGGUACGCAAGGUUCUUGAACUCCUAGUUGGGCAGAUCAAUGAAAAGGUUCAAGCUGGAAAAGAUCGAUAUCAAUAUGUUCGACUUUUGUCACAAGUUGCUUAUCUGGAAGAUAUGGUCAACAGCUGGGUAUACUCACUGCAGAGUUUGGAGCUGGACACUCCAACCAUGGCAAACCCUAGCCUGACUAGUAAGGAAUUUUUAGAUAAUCAGAAUGCUCAUGUGGAUAAUGAAGUUCAAAGUGAAGAAUGCAGGCCAAGUGUUUGUGGUGAUAGCUGCCAUGUACCUGAAGUGCUGGUGGAAAGUACUACGGGAAUUGCUGCUGUAGACAUUGAACAUCGUGACCUGAACCAAGGAAAUGGUGAUUCAAGUUAUCCUUUCUCUGGUAAUAGAGUUGCAAUUUCUGAAGAAGGCUCUCCACAGAAAAUUGUCACCUUGGGCCAUUCUACAAUGGAUAAACUUCACAAUUCACCUGCUGUAAGUCAUUUGGUUGGUGCGAUUUUGAAUGAGGAGAAUGGGAUAAAAUCUGGACUUUGCAGGUUGGAAAAUAGUGAAAAUCAUGCAGUGGUGAGCAGCAAGUCUGGGUCAUCAAAACAUUCCAACGGAUUUGGGUCAACAGAAUCUGCUGGCCUUUCUGAGAAUGGUCUUGGUAGUUCUAGUGAAUUGGGUAAUGUUAAGUUAUCCAACGCCAAAGAAGUCUGCAACCAGGUAAAUAAUGUGUCCUCAAGAAAGACUGGCGUUACCGCCAGUGAUGGUAAGCCAGACACUGACGAGCAAAUUAUAGGCAACAGCUUCUCUUCUAGCAACAACAGCAUUUCUGCCAAGGGGGUUGUUUGUUUUUAUCAAUGUUGUGCUGAAUGCCUAUACAACCUCCAUGGUUUGACGCAGAAAAUCCUUAUUCAUGAGUGGGGAUUGAACAGGAGUCAUUGGACGGUGGAGGAUGUACAUGAUGUUGUUGCAUCAUUAUCGGUGCAUCUUCUUUCAGCAAUUACAAAAAUUUAUGUUGCUGAAAAUUUCAGCAAUUCAUGUGAUGAGAGCCUGAAAGGCAAAAAGUAUGUUGAAUGUCCAGAACUUAAAACAUGUCCUUGCAAAAAGUCGGGAAAUAGAGUUGUCAUGCCGGUGGAAUGCAGUUGUCACAAUAUAAGUCAAAGUUGCACUGCAAAAGAAAACACCUCCCGGAAUAACCGAAUCAUGCUUGAUUCAAAAUUUCUUUUCAGAGAUGGUGUACUGGUUCAUUUAGAUCCUGACAAGGAUGUUUCUUUUCACUGUAAAUACGAGACUCUGUGCCUCUGUUCUCUUAUAGAGUUUAUAGCAAUGACCAAGCAGCCUUUUGAUUGACUUGAUGUGUUUUCAGCAUCUGCCAUCGCAGUGAUUUUCUGCUGCUACGGGAUUUAGGUGAAACAAUUUUCAAGAGAUAAAAAAGAAAAAAAGAAAAAAAAAGAAACCCAAUUUUGUCUACUGCCUCGCUGAAGCUCCUUGUUGUUCUGUCUUUGAAAAGCAACGAUACAAGGGCAUUUCUUCCUCUCCCCCACAAAUAUCUUAUGGAAGUAUAUUUUAUCUCCCCCUCCCCCUUGUAGGAGCUAAUCUUAUACCCUGUACGUGUAUAAUUUUCGGUUUAUCCUUUCAUUUAUUUUUUCAUGACUGUUAGGUUAUGCUAUUAAUAACUGUACAAUCUCUUAUGUGGUGAUACUUACUGUUGAUUUUUUCAAUUAGUAAGUACUGUAGUUUUACUAGUAGUUGAAAUAUAUUAUAGGUAAGCAAUUCAUUGGAAGUUUGUUA